AUGAAAGAUGGAACCCGUACCGCAUAAUGUAGCUUAAAAUUUUGUAAGAUCACGAAAUGUCAUAUAAAAUUAUCCGCUUAUAAAAGUGUUUUUAAGUAACUAGUUUUUUAUUGUAUUGUUGAUAAUUUAUUUAAUGUUAUAAACGUAUUACUUUUAUCGUAACUAUGGGGCUGUGCAAGUGUCCGAAAAGAAGAGUUACAAAUCUGUUUUGUUUUGAACACCGUGUCAAUGUUUGUGAACAUUGCAUGGUUACGAAACAUCCAAAGUGUAUUGUUCAAUCGUAUAUUUUGUGGCUACAUGACCAUGAUUACAAUCCAGUAUGUACAUUAUGCUCAGUAAAUUUAAACGAAGGGGAUUGUGUUCGGCUAACAUGUUAUCAUAUGUAUCAUUGGGCAUGUUUGGACAAAUAUGCCAGGGAAUUACCAGAAACUACAGCACCAGCAGGAUACACAUGUCCAACUUGUAAGGAACGCAUAUUUCCUGACUCAAAAUUGGUUUCUCCUGUGGCAGAUGUGUUGAGAGAAAAGUUAGCAGGAGUAAAUUGGGCACGAGCUGGUUUAGGUUUACCUUUGCUCAGUGAAGACAGAGAGCAAAAACCAGAACAGGAACAUCCUUCAUUGAGAAUUGAGACCACUUCGUAUCAGAAUCACACACUAACAACUUCAUCGCCAUCAACCACUACAUCACGUUCUGUUAGCAAUGUUAACUCAGUUCACAGUAACAUAAAUAAUGUGCAUUUAAAUAAUCAAAAGGUUGGGCCACCUUAUUCAAUUGUAAAUAUCGAUUCAUCCAUGGGAUUGUCACAGUCAACAUCAAGAAAAGUUUGUGAAGCAUAUGACGAUCCAAAAGAAAUAUCAUUUGAUCACGAUGAAAAUAAAUACAGAAGAAAGCCUGCCAUUGAAUGGUUCUUAAGGUGGUGGAAGUUGAUAGUUAGUCCACCAACGCGACGUAGAAAUACACCCAGUCCGCAAUACAGGAGAUAUACGGUGCUAGGAAUCAUGGUAAUAUUAGCUUUCACUGGAAUGUUAAUUCUAUUCUCGUGGCUUGGACGAAUGGCUACAGACGGCGAUCCAAGUUACGAUCUUCGCGCGGAUCCGAAUAUUUUAGUUGCCGAUAAACCCGCUGGUAUUUAAUAUACUCCACAUUUCAAAGCGAUGUUUGAAGGAAACUGUAGGAGUACCACGUAAACGGAGACAUAUAAUAUGUGUGAGAAUAAUAAAUGAAGCUUGUAAGAUAAUGUAAUAAUUUUGGAUUAUACUCGAACGAAUAUGUA